AUGACGUCAGGUUGUUGGUCCCCGGGAGUGUGCGUCGUGCAUCAUGCGUCUCCUCCGCUCAACAUGGCGAGAUAGUGGUACAGAUUCCCAUCAUCCGUGGAACAGCCAUCGUUUAAGUGGACCAGGUGGUUUGGUGUAGUGUUUUCUUUUUAUGGUUUUAGUCCUAUGGAAACGUAUCUUAUCGAGAAGAUGCCGUGCCAUAACCAGCAGCUGAAUAACAGCGAGAGCCCCGAACACGCCGCGAAGCACGUCCGCUUCGCCCGCAGCAGCCCUGCAGCCGAGACCUGCCAAGACGACCCGUGCGAAAACCCAACCACGAGCGACAUCCAACGACAAAUAGGACCUCAGCUGAAGCUCUUGCCAUUAAAUGACCAAAUACGAGAACUUCAGACAAUCAUUCGGGACAAAACUACUAGUAGAGGUGAUUUUGUCUUCUGUGCUGAUAGAUUGGAGUUUCCUGACAUCACUAUACUGACAACUGAAGUUCAUGCUGUCGCUCCGACACACUUCGGCCAAAGGUAUUUCGGCACAGACUGA